CGUGCUUGAGAGUGACAGUUCAUCUCAUCCUUAGAAAACAACCCAAUGGGCUAGUGUUGUAAGCCACGCCCCUUUCAUACGCCAGUCGUCACGCCGUUCGGCGUCUUUCUGCGGCCAUGGUAACAUCAGUACGUGAAGGACAUCAGCGGAUCAGAAGAACAUAUAAAUAAUCCUUAGAAAACGGACGUUUGACUUCCAAUGGCUUGUCUGCAGUCGGCGACAUCGACAAGAAUAAAAACCCCUCUAGUCAAACCACUGUAAUGGCAGUUUGAUCACUCGGCCUGUAUCCCUUGUAGCAAAUUGUGUUUUGGAUUUUUUCCAUGAUGAAUUUGACUGAGAUUUGUGACAAUGCAAAGAGGGGGAGAGAGUAUGCAUUGCUUGGGAACUAUGACUCUUCCAUGGUGUACUACCAGGGUGUUAUACAACAGAUCCACAAACAUUGUCAGGCUCUUAGGGAUCCUGCACUGAAGGUUAAAUGGCAGCAGGUUAGGCAGGAGCUGAUGGAAGAGUAUGAGCAGGUCAGAAGCAUUGUAAACACACUGGAGAGUUUCAAGGUGGACAAGCCAGUUGACUUCCCCAAUCCUCAACCAGAAGAAUGUAAAAGGGAACCUGCGGUGUGGCCACCUCCAACUCCAGCAGAGCACAGAGCACCUGCCCAGGUGAAGAGGCCGACCAGUGGCCUGAGGCCCCAGCGCAAGGACUCUCCUGGGCUGCAGCCCCGUGUGCCUGCAGGGAAGGGCCAGCCCAAUUUAAAAUCAGACCGACCCGGUGGCCGUGACGGACGCACAAAUAAAGCUAAAGAAGAAAAAUCUAAGAAGAGUUCACUGGAGGGGCAAGGUGAUGGAGAAUUGAAGAAAUUUGAUGGUACAGGGUAUGACAGUGACUUAGUUGAUGCGCUGGAGAGAGACAUUGUGUCAAGGAAUCCAAACAUCCACUGGGACGAUAUAGCAGAUCUGGAAGAUGCCAAGAAGCUACUGCGAGAGGCUGUGGUCCUGCCAAUGUGGAUGCCAGAUUUCUUCAAGGGCAUCCGUCGCCCAUGGAAGGGUGUACUGAUGGUGGGGCCCCCUGGCACAGGGAAGACCAUGCUGGCUAAAGCGGUAGCUACAGAGUGUGGCACCACGUUUUUUAACGUGUCAUCCUCCACACUCACUUCCAAGUACCGAGGGGAGUCAGAGAAGCUGGUCCGCCUGCUCUUUGAGAUGGCUCGAUUUUAUUCACCUACCACCAUCUUCGUUGAUGAAAUUGACUCUAUUUGUGGGAGACGUGGAACAUCAGAUGAACACGAAGCGAGUCGACGUGUGAAGUCUGAGCUUCUGGUCCAGAUGGAUGGUGUAGGGGGCACAUUAGAAAAUGAUGAUCCUUCUAAAAUGGUUAUGGUUCUGGCUGCUACUAACUUCCCCUGGGACAUCGAUGAAGCGCUGAGAAGGAGACUGGAAAAGAGGAUCUAUAUCCCCCUGCCCAGUGCAAAAGGACGAGCGGAGCUGCUGAAGAUUAACUUGAAGGAGGUGGACGUGGCUCCAGAUGUCGACCUGGCCGUCAUCGCAGAGAAGAUCGAGGGCUACUCUGGCGCCGACAUCACAAAUGUCUGCAGAGAUGCAUCCAUGAUGGCAAUGCGUCGACGGAUCCAGGGGCUGAGCCCGGAGGAGAUCCGAGCUCUCUCCAAAGACGAGCUACAGAUGCCCGUCACCAUGGAGGACUUUGAGCUCGCACUCAAAAAGAUUUCCAAGUCAGUCUCUUCUGCUGACCUUGAGAAAUAUGAAGCAUGGAUGAACGAAUUUGGCUCUGCUUGAUUCAGAGAGCUGGACCUCGAUGAUCUGAAGGAAGUGCAGUUUUCUGAGGGGUCUGGAAAACCUCAGAAAUCUCUUGCAUUUGACAGUUCAAAUCAAUACACUGAAGGCUAAAGUUUCUGCUCUCUCAAACGUACCGUUUUUGACAUGGAGGACUCAGAGUGUGCAGUCUGUCAGUGUCCACCAAGAUUUAGAGAUCAAGAAUGACAGCUCAGUGUUGCUAGUUCUUAGCACAUUUAUCUUAUAAAAAUGCACUAAUUUUGUAACUUGAAACUGAAGCAGUUUUAUCUGUUAGAUUUAACAUUGAUUUUGAUUUGAUUUUAUGAUUCCAUGAUGUUUUAGUCAACCAGUUAUAAAACAUCUAGUCGGUCUAAUUUGUUCUGAAAGUUCUUCUCUGUAAAACUAGACAAGGACAGUACAUAAUGAUGGGUCUGAAUUUGCUUUUGUAAAUUGUUGGAGAACUGAUUUGAAGGUACAUGUAUUGUGUUUUUGUGUUUAUUGUGAUUUUAAUGACUGAUAGUCAUAAUAAAUUGUUUACAUUCAAGCAGAAUUUAUUUUUAUUUGUGUAUUUAAGAAAAAAAAUGUAACAAUAGUCACAUAAGAUAAAUAUGAUAUGUUACAUAAAAGGUCUCAUUUCCGUCGUAUUGGUUUUAUAAUUAUCAAAGAGCAUACCUAGAAACCAUUACUUUUCAGAUAUUUGUCCAGUGCACACCAGUCAUGGUGAGUGACCUACAGUGACAGGGGAUUUGUCUUGCACUACUGCUGUUCCUUUGAUUUAUUUAAUAAGAUUUGAUUAUUUGCUUUGUGGGCAUAUCUUAAAUUGCUUAUAUUGCAUCCACUGUGCACGCAACAAUUUGUGUAGGAAAAACAUCGUUAUCAUUGUUCUUUUAAAUCUUGAAAUCCUUAAAUAUUUUUGUUUAUAUGUUGCUAGGUCUGUCUAGCAAUGAUACUUAAUGUUUUACUUUAUUAGCUUUAUCAUUUGUAGUAAAUUUACUUAAUUGAUUAAAUUAAUCCCUGUAAGAUGUCCCCGUAAAGUAGAGACUGGGUCAUCGGAAGACUUGAAAAAUUGUGAAAUGUUAAAAAAUAUCUUAGACAGGUGAUGCAGUCAUGCUUGGGUAUAAAAGGAGUACCCAGGAAAGGUACUUUGGCCCAGUCUUGCUUGUACUGUUCACCACUCACAGCAAUUUAAGAACAACAUUCCUCAAUGAGCGAUUGCAAGCAUUGGAGGUAUUUUACCCUCUUUCGUUCUCUAAAUCUCAUAAAAGAGAGACCAAAACCCCCAACAGACUUUCCAUGACCUUUGAUCCUUGAAAUGGUGCGGCAUUAAAAACUGUCAUGUUUCUGUGAUGGAUAUCGCCACAUGGUAAUUGAACAUCUGUGAAGGCACCAUUAAUACUGAUAGAUAUAUGCACAUUUUGCAGAAUAAUAAAGACAUCAUAUUCAGGAAA